GCCAUCGGGCUGUUGUCACAGAGGCUCACAGUGGUGUGUGCCCCGAUCUUAGGCGAUCAAUCUAGCACUGUAAACCAAGAUAAGACAACGCCAUGCAACGGCCUCAGCGCUAUUCCUAGGUAUUUUCCAUGCAUGUUCCACGCCUCAAAUCCCAUUUUGUUCUCUUCCUCGCCACUUCGCUCCCAACCUCAUCGUCGCCACGGCACCGCUUCCUCUGUGCCAACGUCUUUUUUAGUGCCGCCAGCCUGUAGAUUCGCCUGGAUCGAAGCUUGGUCUGUGCGCAGCAACUGAGUCUCGAUGGCCGAUUGGCCUCGUGCCCCGCCAAAAGAGAGCUUGAGCUUAACCUGGGCUGUCGCCGACACCGCGCACCAGUGAACCAGUGGUGCGCCACAGCUAGCUCUGAUAGCGUAAGCCACACCUGACAGCUCCGAAUCCAGCAAGCUAUCGUCAUCUUUGCCUCUGUGCACCGAUGCCUGAAUCUUCUAGAAAGCGCAUGUCACCUUUACAGCAACAGUUUUCCCACCCACGCAUUUCCUGCGCGUGCUGUUAAUCCCCUAGUAUGCCAACUUUGCACAUAUGUGCGUCUCGGCUCACCUAAUACAUAGUUGGCCUCUGGAUUGUUUGCGGCCAUGUUCUCGACGUUCACUGGCAACUCUCGCCGGCCAAGAAACGUCAACUUGAGCGGCGGCGCCGGGAACCCAUUUGCAAACACAUCAUGGAGCCCCUCCGCUGCCUCUAACGCUACAAAGACGGUUUCCAACGCCCAGGCGGAUCGAGAGAGACGGCACCUUGAAAGGCAGAAACAAAAAGCAGCCGUUAAAAUACAGAAAACAUGGCGGGGUCACAAAGAACGAACUGUGACAGCUAACCAGCGCCGCAUCGCUUUCGAUCAUAUUUACACCAACCCUCAGCAGAGCGAAAUCUCUCCAAGGGUGCUUUCAGCGUUCACAUUAGUCUUGGCGUUUGCCUCAUCGAAACCAACAGAGGACGACAUUCGCCGUCUUGUUCAAUAUGCUACGGACGUUGUGUCAAUGGAUGGCGAUCUGCCAUUACCCCCAGCACACGUAUCACGUCUCAGCAGACUGUUUAGAGUCGUAAUAGGUGCUCUUAGAACAGCAAUAGCCGCAUCUGGGUAAGAUGUUCAUCCUAAUUCAGACGAUAUCAUAUCGUAUUAACUUGAAUAGUCCCAUUUCAGAUGAGUAUCAAGCAUUGUUAGUUCUAGCCACACGUUUGGCUCAACAAUAUCCUGUCGCCCUCGUCGAAAAUUCACAAGCGUAUUUCGAUGUACUCUCCAAGGCUUGUCAAAAGUCGGACUUAGCCGAUUGGGGACCUCUGCUAGUGAAUGGAAUCUGCCUGCCAUUGGAGACGCCAUCAUCAGAUGCUGGCGGGUUUUACAUGGAGUUUAUAUCGUCGUUUCUUACACGGUCCGAAACUACUCUCUUCGAAAACAACAUCGCUGAAUAUGCUUCCAGAAUCGAUGCCAAUGUUCUUUCGGAUACCAUAAUCGAGAUGUAUUCCCAUACUGCUAUUAUGAGUCGUUCAAAGGAUGACUUGAUUUGGCUUCUGUCUCAUUUCAUUAAUAUGACUGGAGCAAACUCGAACUCGCAGAAGAACCCCACCCUGCUGGAAGCUGUCUUUACGCAAAUAACGGCCUUGGCCAAGGAAAUCAGUCUUCAUUUUGCAAUUCAAAUCCCAGAAAGCAGUGCUGGGGACAGACUUGAUACCCAACCUACUGAAGCUGGAGAGCUGUACAUUCGGGAGCAGCUGAAGUCACUUAUUCAAACGGAAAAUAUCGCUGGUCUUUUGCAAAAUUUUGCCGCCAACCUGGCAGGAACAUCGACUGAAGCGAUACGUGGGGCCUCUAUUCUAGCUGGUUAUAUUUUGUCUCUUUUGCAAUGUUUUCCAAGCCAGGCUGACGACGUCCGAAUGCGACUGUUCUUGGAAGAUAUUUCAGGCCCGAGUGGCAGUAUUCCAGUGGUCAGGUUUCUAUGGCAAAUGAUGGAUCAAACCAACAUUUUCUCCCAAAUUACCACUGACGCAGAUAGCGCUUUGUCAAUACUCCUGCGCUAUUUAAACCCGUCAUCGGAAUCGACUCUCGCCAGGAAUGAUGAGCAGGAAUGGAGAAUUAUCCUCCUCUUCCUAGAACUCUAUAUCUUCAUCCUUCGUCUCAGUGAUGAUGAAGACUUCUUUAGCGGUAUUUACCCGAAGAUUGUACACACAAACUCCUCAACUACACGUAUCAGGUCAUGCAGCCUCUCACUUAAGGAUAUUAAAGAUCUGACCAUAUUCUUAAAGAACGCGGCAUUCAGUUUGUUUUAUAAAUCCGCCACCUUUACAGCCGUCCCAUUGAUGGAACCGUCCGCAACAUCGCAUCAUGACAUUGUCCACCAAUUACCAACUGCAUCUCCAACUCGAUUAGAUAUGACAAGUUUGAGGUCUAUAAUCACAACAGCUAUGAAGAUGCUUUACGAACGAGACUCUAGAAAACGCUUUUUGCCAACUAGUCAUUGGCUAAUGACUGAUAAGCUCGAGAAAGAGGACUUCAUGGGCGCCGUAAUGGCGGAAGAAGUGCGCCGAAGUCGAGAAGAGGAAAAUGCAGAUUCCGAUGAUGAUGGUCAAGACGAUGAUGAUGAUGAACCCAUGACAGAUUACGACACCACGAGCAUGACAUUCUCGGGGCGGAGAAACUCUCGAUACGUGAGGCUGGAAAGAAUUCGGUCUGAGCAUCAACGCCUCCAGCGUGCUCGCCGGCUGGCAGAAAUGGGACCUAAGCUGGAGAUCCUGAAACACAUGCCCUUUGUUGUCCCUUUUGAAACGAGAGUGAUGAUAUUUCGUCAAUUCAUUGAGCUGGAUUUUACACGCCGAGAAAGCCUCAACAAUCCCUUUACAGCAACGUCCUUAUCCCGACACCAUCAAGGACAAAUUCGACGAGGUCAUCUGUUUGAAGAUGCGUACAAACAGUUUUACAAGAUCGGUGAUUCUCUCAAAGACCCUAUACAGAUCACAUUCGUUGAUCAAUUCGGUGCUCCAGAGGCCGGCAUUGAUGGAGGAGGUGUGACUAAGGAAUUCUUGAUGGGCGUUACCUCAGAAGCCUUUAGUGGGCGAGAGGGGGAGUUGAGCAUGUUUGCGAGUAGCUCCAGUGGUUUGCUAUACCCAAACCCAACUGUCAAUGAUGUCCUCCGCGACGAGAUGAGGGAAAUGGGCAAAACGGAGCGUGAUGAGGAAUGGAGACACGCUUUGUUUGAGCAACUGAAGAUGUACGAAUUCCUAGGCCGUGUUGUCGGCAAGUGUUUGUACGAGGGUAUUCUGGUUGAUCUUGCAUUCGCUGGCUUCUUUCUGCUCAAGUGGACAGCAUCUGGUUCGACCGACGAGAGCAGCUAUAAGGGCAGCAUCAACGACUUGGUAGACAUGGACGAGGAACUAUACAACGGCAUGUUGCGGCUCAAAAAUUACCCAGGCGACGUGGGUGAGUUGUCACUCGACUUCACAGUGACAGAUCAAGUAUCUCAUCCCAGUCGGCCUGUCAAGACAAUUACACGCAAGUUGAUUGCAAACGGCGAUCAGAUCCCUGUCACAAACGACAACAGGUUGCUAUAUAUCUCCUACGUGGCUCGUCAUCGCCUUGUUGUACAGCCUGCUGCCCAAACAGCUGCUUUCCUUCGGGGCCUUCGAGCCAUCAUUCGACCUUCGUGGCUGUCCAUGUUCAACCAGUCUGAGCUCCAGCACCUCGUAGGUGGAGACUCAUCGGAGAUUGAUAUUGAAGAUUUACGCAAGAACACCGUGUAUAGCGGUUUAUACGAGAUUGGAGAUGAUAAUAAGGAGCACCCAACGAUUGAGUUAUUCUGGAAGGUUGUUCGCGGUUUCACCGACGCUCAGCGCCGCGAUUUGCUCAAGUAUGUGAGUUCUACGCCCCGUGCGCCGCUACUUGGCUUCUCGCAGCUUCGGCCGAAGUUCUCCAUCCGCGACGCCUCUAGAGACGAAACCCGGUUGCCCAGUACCAGCACAUGUGUGAAUUUGCUCAAGCUGCCUUUGUACACAACAGAAACAGUGUUGAGAGAGAAGCUGUUGUACGCUAUCCAGUCGGGUGCUGGAUUUGAUCUUAGUUGAGGAAUAGGACUGGUAACUGUUAUUAGAAUGCCUGGCUCUACUCGUGAUUUAGAGAAGCCUUGGCAAAGGGGGGUGUUCAGAGAAGUGCUUUUUUUCUUCAUGGCUAUAUAUUAGGACUGCAUAAAUGUAACAGACAAUCGUCAAAUUUGUAGA